AUGGCAUCACACAGAGAAUCAGCAGCGCAUCGUCUCGAAUUCAACAGCCUACCGCUUGAGCUGCGCGAUCUCAUCUGGGGCUUCACUCUUCCUCAUCGCCGCGUAUUCCACGUCAAACAACUCUCUAAACAAAACUUCAGUCUUGACGCAACGAACAGUCGCAUGUAUUUUUGCUUUCAUCUCCGGCAUCCACCUCCCAUCGCUCUCGGCAUAUGUCGUGAAUCUCGCGCGCUUGCAGAGCGUGAAGGCUUCUUCCUUUCGUCUAAUGGGGAUGAUCCGGGUAUCUGGUUCAGACCAGAAUCAGAUAUCCUUUACUUCGACCGCAAUCAACGCACCACGUUCCAGGCUAAGUCAGGCCAGCCUAACUUUACAGUCUAUGGCUGGGACCGUGUCCUUAAUGUCGGCAUCGAAUGGCGCGCUUUCUUUCGAGAUGUCCCCCGGCCGUCACCUGAUAAGACCGUGGGCGAGUACUGGAGAGCCGCAAUAGAGUCGUUGUAUACUUACAUGCCGGGUAUGCGAACGUUGAACUUCAUCCUACCCGAGCUACGACACAAAGGCGGAAUGGUCUGGGGGCGCGAACCGUACAAGGCAGAGAAUUAUGAGGCGUUGCUUGUGCUAUUGCCAGAGAUGGUCAAGAUUCCUUGGGAGACGACGCGGAACAGAGGACGCGAUCUUGCUCACAUGCUGAGUCGCUUUCCGAUCAACAUCAACGGGCAGACUCGUGUUGUUACGCCGCCUAUGAUGACGUGGGGAGAGGUGAAGAGUGAUAUUGAGGAGGGACUCGAAGAGGAUUCGGAUCAAGAGCAUGUCGCGAAUUAUCCGCCGGAAGUUAUUGGUUGGUGGUUGAUCAGAGAUGGGAUUCCUGACAUGCACGCAAAUCCACAAAUUCAGAGAUUUGACUCUUGA